GGAGAGAUUGUUCACUUCAAUUCAUUUGAAGGGAUUGGGGUGGAGCGUUGCCUAGGAGUCUAGGACACUUCUUCGUCUUAGAGAGAGACAGAGAGAGAGAGCGCGCGGGGGUAAUACGAUGAUGUCUCAGUCUCGACAAAAUAGCUGGCCCAUCUCUCUCUCUAUAUAAUGGAAGGCCCUCACCUUUCUAUAACAUCACGAGUCAUCGUCUCUCUGUCUCUCUCCUCUCUGUUGUAUUCAAUUUCAAGCAAGUAUAAUCCAAAUCAAAAUUGCAAACUCCGACUCCAGUUGUCGAUGUCGUCCGAUAUCAGCUAAAUCUCUAAAAUUUCCCUCUUUCUUUUGAUACUCUCCUGUUCUCAUCCAAAGAAACACAAAUUGCGAUUCUUGUUCACGUUAAUGGGGGAGUGUUCGAACGAAGUGGCUCGUGCGGAGGAUGCCAUUAAUUCGAUAACAACACAUUACUCGAGCUGGCGAGUUCUGUCUAGAUUUUAGAUUGAUUUCUAGAGUAGGGGUUUUUAGUUUCUUGGUCGGUAAAGGGAGGAUGAGGUUAGACUGUCUGCUGCUUCCGACUGUUGGACCGCCGAUAAAGCGGCGAGCGGGUUUGCGAAGGAAGCAGGCCGGAAGAGGCUCGUACAGAGGUAGUUAGAGGGUGCGGGGAAUAUCACAGGAAAUUAGGGUUUUUUUGGGGGCGGUUUUUGUUGAUUUACGGGGUGGGGGGGUUUGUUACCAUUCUUUGACUGGAUUGAGAUGGGUAAUCGAUUGCAUGAAGCACUGAGGACCCUCUGUUUCAACACUGGGUGGAGGUAUGCUGUCUUGUGGAAACUCCAACAUCGAGCUCCAAUGACAUUGACUUGGGAAGAUGCUUACUAUGACAACCGUGAAGAACAUUAUGCUUUAGAUAACACGGCCUUUCCUGAGACUGGGGGCAACUUGUGGGAUUUGCAUUCACAUGAUCCUCUUGGGUCAGCAGUGGUGAAGAUGUCGUGCCAAGUAUAUUCUUUUGGGGAAGGGGUUAUUGGACAGGUGGCAGUUGCUGGAAAGCAUAUGUGGAUAUUUGCAGACAAACACGUAAUUGAUUCUUGUUCACCUUUUGAGCACAGUGAUGGAUGGCAUGCUCAGUUUUCAGCUGGGAUCAGGACUGUUGUGUUGGUGGCUGUUCUUCCAUAUGGCGUUGUACAACUUGGAUCUCUAAAUAAAAUCCCUGAGAAUUUGGAGAUGGUGAAGUAUAUCAGAGAUUCAUUUUUUGGUCUUCAAGAAUCCUCAGUUCGAAGUUCCUCAUGUCUGUCAGAUAUAUCUACAAGUAAUCCGUCUUCUGGGAUUUUUAUUGAUCGGCAUGGCUUAAGCAGCAUAAACAGUCAUGUAAACAAGGACAAAAAAGUUUUCCGGGCUCCCACAUUUCCAUCAUUUGGAAGACCUGCAAAACAUUCUGACAUUGUUCUACUGCCUGGUGAUUUACCAAAAACAGCAGCUGAUGCGAUCAACAAGGAUGGAGGACUUGACUUAUUAUCAUAUGAGGAUGAUGACAGUGCCAUCUUACUUCAAUCAAGAUCUGAAGCUUUCGUUUUGAAGCAGCAGAAAUCACGAUCAAGAUUGCAUAGUGAUAGGCAGUGUGAAGGUGGGACAAGUAACUUGGAGAAGCAGGGAGUGAGUUCAGUUGACCACGACGCUCCAUCCUCCUACAAUUCCUUUAAAGAAAAUAAGAUUUAUAAUGUUGUACUUCCUGCUAAUGAUUUUAGGGAGGACAUUUCCUACUUGCAAGCAGAUCUCCUUGACAUUUCUGCUUGCAAUAAUGAAACUGCCAUGUGCAUACCAAAACCAUUUGGCAUGCAAAUCCAGAGAGAUUUGGAGAACACUGUGUUCCACGCAGAGAGUAAUAAGAUGGAGCCAGUGGAUAUGGCCUUCGAAUUUUCUGCAGGUUGUGAGCUGUAUGAAGUUUUUGGACCAGUUUAUCAAAAACAGAGGAGUUAUUGCGAUUGGGAGGCAGAAAAGAGUGAAACUGGAACAGCAAUCGAGGUAUCUGAGGGAUUAGACUGUAGUAGCCUGUUGACAGCAGAUUCAGGUUCAGCGCAACUUCUAGAAGCAGUGGUGGCUAAUGUUUACUGUGGAGUAACUGAUGUCAAAAGUGAGAAAUCCUUUUGUGAAUCAGCGAAGUCCCAGUUGACAACUGAAGAAAUGUCACAGCCAACAUGCGAUAAGAAUACUGAUGGUUCAACAGGUUAUACAUUUAAUCAAGCAAUUGGGGAAAGGGGGGCACUCUGCUUGAGCAGUGAGGCAUGUGGUGCGAGCUCUUUCAGAGGAUUUUCAUCAAGGAGCCAAAGUAUGCUUAGUGGACGGUUGGAUAGUGCACAAGAUCCAGCUAAGAUCAAUAAGAGGGCUAGACCUGGUGGAAAUUGUAGGCCUAGGCCAAGGGACAGACAAUUGAUCCAAGAUCGCAUUAAGGAGUUGAGAGAGCUUGUACCCAACGGAUCAAAGUGCAGUAUUGAUUCACUUUUGGAGCGCACAAUCAAGCAUAUGAUAUUUAUGCAAAGCAUCACUAAGCAUGCUGAGAAACUAAACAAAUGCACCAAAUCAAAGGUGCAUGACAAGAAAACAGUUUUACGUGGGUUACCCACUUAUGAUCAUGGUUCAACCUGGGCAGUGGAAGUGGGAAGUGUCGUUACAGUGUGUCCAAUAAUGGUAGAAAAUAUCAACAAAAGUGGACAAAUGCUGAUUGAGAUGUUAUGUGAGGAGUGCAGCCAUUUUCUUGGGAUAUCAGAAGCCAUAAGGAGCUUGGGUCUGACGAUUUUGGAAGGUGCAACGGAAGCCUGUGACAAAAAAACCUUGAUGUGUUUCGUGGUUGAGGGGCAGAACAACAGAAGCAUGCAUCGCAUGGAUAUAUUAUGGUCACUUGUGCAGAUACUGCAAUCCAAAACAACAAUAUAGGGGCUGCAACUGUUACUCUUUGUGAGUGAAUUAUGUAUUGAAAUUGUCCCGGGAGCAGAAGGAUGUGGUACGCAUAUAGAAAUGCAAAACGACAUCUGAUGGCUAGGUUGUGCAACUCUUUGAGGCUUUCAUGCUAGCUCCUCCUGAGCAUAUUGUGAGUCAUCUGUGACCUUAAUUGGCAUUUUCGGUUUUUGUGCUCCCCCUGUAAACUGAGUGAUGUAAAGAUUCCUUGUAUUUCUGAAAAAUGUGUGAAGGUGAUGGCAUCUUUUGGUUUUUUCUUUGCUUUGUGGAACGAGUUCAGUUCACUUUAUAGCUUAAAGUGAAGAAGGGCUGAUGUGCCGUCAAGUCCUUUCGACUUGUAGUAAGCUUGAUAUUCCUCGUGAGAAGUUUCCCUAUAUAUAGGUGGAUUGUUGUUUGAUAA